GAGAGCAAUGAAUGAGAAUGGCAAAACAUGGCCGGUGGGGGAUCGUCACCGGAUCUUCAGUAAGCCUUAAAUAGCUCAUCCCCUCCAUUUUCCACUACUUUUCUUUUCUCUCUCACACUCCUCCAUUUUGCCCCUCUUUUCCACUUUGUAAAAUUGGAAAUCAUCUUCUUCCUGCUUCCAAUCCAGUCAAUACUUUUCUUUCUUCCACCUCCGAAAAAGUUUGAGAGAGAGAUUAGAAAACUCUGUUCCCAUCCCAGAAAGCAAUAAUUCAUCCAUCCCCCUUUUCCUUUCUUUUCCUUAGUUUUUUCUUUUCUUUUCUCCUCCUCCUCUCCCGUCUUUCACAGUACAUCAUCUCCCCCUUUUCUCCUUUAUUGCCAGCUCUGCCACUCCUUCCUCUCUUUCCCAAUUCCCAUACACAUACGCACUCCGCAUAUCCCCUUUUCCCCGAGUAUUUCCUCCUCGGGCCUCUUUUGUUCUCCCCUUUCUCAGCUCUCUCCCGAACUGCGCCUCAUCAUCGUGUUCAUCAUCAAUUCGUUGUUGCUGGGCUGUGAAUCACUUGAGCAGUAUUUACAAAGAGGAUCGAGGCAAUGUCUAGCGCUGCAAAAGUUGUGGACCCUGCAUUCCAGGGAGUGGGCCAGAAACCUGGGAUCGAGAUAUGGCGGAUUGAGAAUUUUCAACCAGUUGCAGUGCCAAAGUCGGAUCAUGGAAAAUUCUACAUGGGGGAUUGCUACAUCGUCCUUCAGACAACGCAAAGCAAGGGAGGAUCUUAUUUGUAUGACAUUCACUUCUGGAUUGGAAAGGACACAAGUCAGGAUGAAGCAGGAACUGCAGCGAUAAAAACUGUUGAACUUGAUGCAGCUCUAGGAGGGCGUGCCGUGCAGCACAGAGAACUUCAAGGACACGAAUCUGACAAAUUUUUGUCUUACUUUAAACCAUGUAUUAUACCGUUAGAAGGGGGUGUUGCAUCUGGCUUUAAGACACCUGAGGUAGAAGAGUUCGAGACCCGUUUGUAUGUUUGUAAAGGAAAACGGGUUGUCAGAAUGAAGCAGGUUCCAUUUGCAAGGGCAUCUCUCAAUCAUGAUGAUGUGUUCAUUCUAGACUCUGAGAAGAAGAUCUUUCAGUUCAACGGGGCAAAUUCCAGUAUCCAAGAAAGGGCCAAGGCUCUAGAAGUUGUGCAGUUUCUGAAAGAUAAGUAUCAUGAAGGAACAUGUGAUGUUGCAAUAGUUGAUGAUGGUAAACUGGAUACUGAAUCAGAUUCGGGUGAAUUCUGGGUCCUCUUUGGUGGUUUUGCUCCAAUUGGGAAGAAAGUUAUCACUGAUGAUGACAUCGUUGCAGAGAGGACUCCUGCUAAAUUAUAUAGCAUUCAUGAAGGCGGUGUGACUGCUGUUGAAGGGGAACUAUCCAAAGGCAUGUUGGAAAAUAACAAAUGCUAUCUCUUGGAUUGCGGAGCUGAGGUGUUUAUAUGGGUUGGCCGUUCAACACAAGUGGAGGAGAGAAAAACAGUGGGCAAGGUGGCAGAGGACUUUAUUGCCAAUGAAAACAGGCCAAGAUCCACUCGUAUAACCCGGGUCAUUCAAGGUUAUGAAACACAUGCAUUCAAGUCAAACUUUGGUUCAUGGCCUGCUGGGUCUGUAGCUCCAGGAGCUGAGGAGGGAAGGGGAAAAGUAGCAGCUUUGUUGAAGCAACAAGGUGUUGGUCUCAAAGGUUUGGGAAAAAGUGCUCCUGUGAAUGAGGAAGUUCCUCCUCUGCUUGAGGGGGGUGGAAAAUUGGAGGUAUGGUGUAUCAAUGGCAGUGCCAAGACUCCUGUGCCUAAGGAGGAUAUUGGUAAAUUUUAUGGUGGAGAUUGCUACAUUGUCCUUUACACUUAUCACUCUGGUGAAAGAAAAGAAGACUAUUAUCUUUGCUGUUGGUUUGGGAAGAAUAGCAUUGAGGCAGAUCAGCAGAUGGCUACUCGUUUGGCUAAUACAAUGUCAAACUCUCUGAAAGGAAGACCUGUUCUGGGUCGCAUAUUUCAAGGCAAGGAGCCACCACAGUUCAUUGCCAUUUUUCAGCCUAUGGUGGUCCUCAAGGGUGGUUUGAGCUCAGGCUACAAGAAAUACAUAGAAGAAAAAGAAGUGACUGACGACACAUACACUUCUGAUUCUGUUGCCCUGUUCCGAGUCUCUGGAACGUCUGCUCAUAACAGCAAGACAGAGCAAGUAGAUGCGGUGGCGACCUCCUUGAAUUCCACAGAGUGUUUCCUCUUGCAAUCCGGCUCUUCACUUUUCACUUGGCAUGGGAAUCAGAGUGCUUUUGAGCAACAGCAGUUGGCAGCAAAAGUUGCUGAAUUUGUGAAACCUGGAGCUACAAUGAAACAUGCUAAAGAAGGGACUGAAAACUCAAUUUUCUGGUCUGCUCUUGGAGGAAAACAAAAUUACACUAGCAAAAAGGUGUCCCCAGAAAAUGUCAGAGAACCUCACCUGUUCACAGUGUCGCUCAAUAAAGGUGAUAUUAUCUGCAUUUUUAGUUUGCAGUACAUCUGCUUACAUUCUUCUUUUCUUCAUACCAUGACUUUGAGGGAUCUUACAGUACUUAACAAGAUUUUUGCAUUCCUUGAGCAGGUUGAGGAAGUGUUUAACUUUUCUCAAGAUGACCUGUUGACGGAGGAUGUAUUAGUGCUUGAUACGCGAGCUGAAGUUUUUGUUUGGGUCGGCCAAUCUGUAGACCCCAAAGAAAAGCAAAGUGCUUUUGAUAUUGGCCAGCAAUACUUAGAGAUGGCUGCAGCUCUUGAAGGUUUGUCACUCAAUGUGCCGAUGUAUAGAGUUACUGAAGGAAAUGAGCCAUCAUUCUUUACAACAUACUUUUCAUGGGAUUCCACAAAAGCCACAGCUCUUGGAAACUCAUUCCAAAAGAAGAUGGCGUUGCUCUUUGGAAUCAAACAUGAGGAUAAAUCAAAUGGGAAUCAAGGAGGAGGAGCAACCCAAAGGGCUUCAGCUUUGGCUGCCUUGUCUUCUGCAUUUAAUCCUUCCUCUGGGAAGUCCUCCCCUAGAAGCCAGGACAGGACCAAUGGUUCAAAUCAAGGACCGACUCAGAGAGCAUCAGCUUUAGCUGCUCUGAACUCUGCUUUCAAUUCUUCCCCUACCAAAAGCCCCUCGAGGGGAUCUUCGGGAUCUGGACAAGGCCAAAGGGCCGCUGCUGUUGCUGCACUUUCACAAGUUCUUACUGCUGAAAAGAAGGGACCCAACGGUACCCCUAUUCAGAGCCCUAGCGCCGAAACCAAAACUCCUGCUGGUGAAGGAAAAAGUGAAAAUGAAGCCUUUGAAGUAGAUCAAGGGUCUGAAGAAGCUGCUGCAGAAGGGAAGGAAAUCGAUGACACCGGGUCUGCAUCUGGAAGCAAUGCAGGGGGUGAUUCUGAACCUAAAACCGAGUCUGAACAGGACUACGCCGACAUUGGUCAGGUUGUGUUCGGUUACGAUCAGCUGAAAGCUCGUUCAGAAAACCCCGUGACUGGGAUUGAUUUCAAAAGGAGAGAGGCAUAUCUAUCACCUGAGGAAUUCGAGUCCAUAUUUGGGAUGGACAAAGAAGCUUUCUACAAACAGCCCAAGUGGAAGCAGGACAUGCAGAAGAAGAAAGUUGAUUUAUUUUAAGCAGCCAAGUUACUAUUAUCUUGCAUGCUGCUGGCUUUCUGGUGCUUCAAUUUUUUUUUUGUUUCAGUUCCAUGUUUUCUGGCUUGCUUCGAUAUGGCAUUUUAUUAUUUUGCCUCUAGAUGUGGGUUAGUAUGCAAAUUUUUGUGUUGUGGGCUGAAGAGUGAGCUUUUGUUUUGGCCUUUUGAAGAAGAAAAGGAGAUUCUUUGUUUCUUUUAAACCUUUCCCUGAAUUGAGUUGUAAGAAUGUCAGGUUGUAGUGUUCCACUGAGGAAGGUUGGAAGGUCAAAAUUCUUUCAUUUGGGUUCAUUUGUGUAUCUGAUUUGUGAUUAUUCUAUUUUACCUUUCCAUUUCUUGGGAGGACUAUGUAUAUGCAUUGAUGUGUGUUAUUGUACUCUAUAUAAAUACUUAUACUCAGUAAUGAAGGUUAUAUAUGGUGUUUUGAAUGUUAUGCUUAAUCGUCUUUGAUAUUAACAUUUGAUGUAAGGAUG